UUUUGACCAGAAAAAAAAGGAAAAUAAGACAUACUUCGACGGUAUAAUUCGCUUUGCUAGUUUGUAACUCUUUUUUAUAAUCGGUAAGUCUCAUUGACGAACACGAAAUAUCUCUCUGAGAAUUUCAGCGAUUCGCGGUUCGAAUCCCAUUGAACUCGUUCGAAUUCGAAAACACGUUGAUUGGAGGAAGAAGAUGAAGCCGCGCUUCACCUUCUUCUUCAUCAUCUUCUAUUGAUUUUAAUGGCUUCUUCAUCUCAACGACGCUGCGUUUUUGUUGGGAACAUUCCUUACGACGCCACCGAGGAACAACUCAGAGAAAUUUGCGGUGAGGUUGGGCCUGUUGUCUCCUUUAGAUUAGUUACCGAUAGAGAAACCGGUAAACCAAAAGGCUACGGGUUUUGCGAGUAUAAGGACGAGGAAACAGCAUUGAGUGCUCGUCGUAAUCUUAAGAGUUACGAAAUCAAUGGCCGUCAAUUAAGAGUUGAUUUUGCCGAGAAUGACAAAGGAACUGACAAAACCCGUGAUCAGGGUCAAGGAGGACCUGGCUUGCCUUCUGCUACUGUGACAGAAUCUCAAAAGCAAAUCGGAGGGCCUGGAGAUUUGAAUAUACAUCAACCGGUUGGUCUUCACCUUGCCAUAACAGCUGCAUCUGUUAUGGCCGGUGCGCUAGGUGGUCCUCAGGUCGGUUCGCAAUUUACACAAAGUGCACUGCAGGUUCCAUCUAGUGAUCCCCUGACUCUUCAUCUUGCCAAGAUGUCUAGAAGUCAGCUCUCUGAAAUUAUAUCGUCCAUUAAGGUUAUGGCUACACAGAAUAAGGAACAAGCUCGACAGUUGUUGGUUUCAAGACCUCAGUUGCUAAAAGCUGUUUUCCUGGCACAGAUACUGCUUGGGAUUGUGAGUCCACAAGUCUUGCAGACGCCAAAUAUUGUUCAGGCCGCAAAUCAUAUGACAGGAUCUUCAAUUCAAGACACACAACUACCUGGUCAAGUAUCUAGUCAAAACCUUUUACCACCACUGGCACAAAGGUCGCAGCAGCUAAGUCGCCCUCCCCAUAGUCAGUUUCCCGUUCAACAGCCUUCUAAACAAUCUUUUAGUCAGAUUCCACAACUAGUAGCACAACCAGGUCCUUCUUCCGUGAAUCCUCCUCCUAGAUCCCAAGUUAAAGGUCUCAGCGAAACCGCUCCAUUCCAACGCCAAAAACAAGUGGUUCCAGCUUCCACCAGCAUAGGUUAUAAUAUUCAGACGUCAGUUCCGAAUAAUGCUAUCCAGCCAUCUCAAGUACCUCGGCCACCAUUAACAAACUCUGUGAUGCAGCAAGGUGGGCCAACCGUAUCACUAAAUUAUGGCAAAAGAAUAGACAAUGAGGGACCGCAUGAAUCAAUUCAGAGACCAUCCAAGAUGAUGAGAGUGGAUGAUAGGAGAAGCGCUUCAUUCCAUGGAGGUCAUGCGUCUAACUCAAUGCUUCCAAAUCCAGUACAACUUCAAGAGAAAGCGCCUCAGACACAUCUCUCCCAAGAUGUUCAGUCAACGUUGCUCCAGCAAGUAAUUAACCUUACGCCGGAACAGCUGAGGAUGCUGCCCCCAGAACAGCAGCAAGAGGUCAUAAAGUUGCAACAAAGGCUCAAGCAAGACCACAUGAUGCAGCCUUUAUAGCAUUGAGGGGUAAGCAACUGUGUCGGUGGGCUUCAUUUGAUUGAAACUUGCAGAGAUGAAAAUGUUUUUCGCACGCAGAUACGAUAGGAAAAGAGAAGCCCCUCUCACCUAAAUUGGUGAGUGAUUGUACUUGUAGUGUAGCAUUUAUUUGUGAUGAGUUUGUCUUAUAGAAGAACUGGCCAUCAAAAUAUAAAAGAAAAGAGAGUUACAAGUU